CCCUGUGGAGAGGAGCACAGAAUAGUAGUUGGGCGUCCUUUUCUUCAGCUGAGCAUUGAUCCCAGUGAUGCUGGCGCUCAGGUGUUACACACUGAGGAGUCCAGACGACGUGUGAGUGCUUUAAGACGAUGCAUGGCCCUGUCUGCGCUGGCAAACAAAAGAAGAUGAAAAUGAAGACCCGACUGUGCCAAGGUGUUAGUGGCAUCCUCAUCAUUACCAUGGUUACCAGCAUUAUGCUGGUUUACAACAGCAGCUCUGGUGACAGAUCAUCUUUGCCUCCUGAGCCGUUGUCUUCCCGUCACAGAGAUGAGCCUGGUCCAUCCGUGCAAAAGUCAGAGAGACCACGGGGAGUCCAACCACUUCAAGGGUACACAGGAGUCAUGGAUCACAAGCCUCUCAAGAUGCACUGCAGGUCUUGCACCCUGGUUACCAGUUCGGGCCAGUUAACAGGGAACAACAGAGGUGAAGACAUUGAUGAUUCUCAGUGCGUGAUUCGCAUGAACGAUGCCCCAAGUUUGGGCUUCCAGCAGGACGUCGGCCAGCGCACAAGCUUACGAGUAGUAGCUCACUCCAGCCUGCAGAGGGUGCUACGGAGCCGGCAGGAGCUGCUCAACGCAAACCAAGAGACAGUGUUCAUCUUCUGGGGACCAAGCAGCUGCAUGAGGCGGGACGGAAAAGGUCACGUUUAUAACAACCUGAAGCUGCUGAAACAACUAUUCCCCCAACUCAAAGUCUACAUCGUUUCUCGAAGCAAGAUGCUGAAGUUCGAUGAACUUUUUAAAAGGGAAACAGGAAUUGAUCGGAAGAGUUCCAAUUCGUGGCUGAGUACCGGCUGGUUCACCAUGGCAAUAGCCCUGGAGUUGUGUGACAGGAUCAACGUGUACGGAAUGGUACCUCCUGAUUUCUGCAGAUCCUCCUCUCACCCCUCUGUGCCAUAUCAUUACUACGAGCCCUCAGGGCCCGACGAGUGCACCAUGUAUCUCUCCCACGAGCGAAGCCGACGUGGAAGCACCCACCGUUUCAUCACAGAGAAGAAAGUGUUUGCAAACUGGGCUCGAUCCCUCAACAUUCACUUUUACCAGCCAGAGUGGAAGCCUCCUGCUGCCAUCAGCCUGAACAGCUCCCAAACUGCACUUCCAGCUGGGUCUUGAAACUCCUCGAAGUGUGCCCGAUGUUU